UUUUACCACAACAUCCUAUUAAAUGGAAUAUGAAUAUCUUUAUUCUGUAUUUGCUUCCUGGUUGGUUUUACAAACAAUGAUAUUUGUAGUAGCUAGAUUUGUUAUUGAGCUGAGUUGAGCUGCAUAAUGACUGGCUGUAACAGACUGUGCAUUGUCCUCCUAUCCCUGCUCUGCUUAGUGCAGCUAGUAUGGAGUGUCAGUGCUGUAGCUUGUACAACUAACCAGAUUGAAACUACUUGCAUUGAGAAUGAUGACCGAACUUGUGGAGAAGAUAACACAGACCCAAACUUGCCGUACUGUGACCCACUCAUGAAUGCUGGCUAUAGCCCAACACCGGAUGAUAAUGAUGGUCUGUGUGAGGUUGCAACUGAUGAUGCCAACUCUACUGCAGAGGAGGGAGCUCCAACUGAACUGUCUGUCACACUACACUCCGUCAAUUACAAACGAUUUGAUAUCACAGUUGAAUGGACACAUCCAGUCAAGAGUAUAAUACGGAAAGGCUAUCAAGUAGUGGUGGUGCGUCAGAAUAAGUGGAGUGGACGUUUAGUUAAAGAUAUUUUCUGUGUCAGCGGGGCAGAUGCUAGAACAUUGACAAUAUCAGGCUACUACCACUUUUCAAAUAGUCAGUCAUAUAGAGAUCUUCGAGUCGAAGUCAUUCCUUAUCCUUUACCAGAAGACUAUUCGAGGAUUACUAAGAGAGGAUGCCUGGAGUGUACAGUGCCCAGUUCAUGUGGAGAGCUUGGCCCCACCAACUGCAACCCCCCACGUCACUCACCUCUCACGAACGUACAAUUACAAACAUAUUUCUACAACAUAACCAAUAAUGGAACAACCAAUGGAACAAAUGGAACGAAUGGAACAACCAAUGAAAUGAAUGGAACUAAUGUUACAGCCAAGCGACUGUACAUCCAGUGGGACCCAGCAACACCUUUCAAUCAUUCCUACUACCGUCAACCUGGCCUCAUGUAUACCUUCACUUACUACAUUCGACUCAUCUACUAUACACCUAACCCAGACGGUUCUGAGGCUCUACUUGAAAACUAUGUGUACAAAGUGAACAGUACUGCUACUGAUACAAUAUCCGUCAGUUUGCUACUGCUUGAUACCAGCUUAGUUUAUGAUAAAGUGAGGCUUAGUGCUCAUUACCCUUGUGCUGGAAUAGCAACACCCAACAAUCAUAACCGAGAGGCGAUUGGUUGCGGAAUGGCUGUGGUAUUACCUGUACCUCCCCCCAGUGUUUACACCGCUACCUUGGCUGAGCCUACCUUGGCUGAGCCUACGACGAUGCCUUCUGAAACUGCUUCCCCAACUUUACCCUCUAACUUUAGCAACUUUACUGAUGGUCCACCUGAUCAUACCUUGGCUAUAGCGUUCGCUGGAAGUGCUCUUAUGGUACUGUUAGUUAUAGCGGUGAUUACUCUGAUAACUGUGCUUAAGUGUGUCCAUCACUGCAACCGUACUUCCUCCAAGCCUUCCUUCUACCCCCCACCACCUCUCCCUCUCCCUCCGUCUAUACCUCAGAGGUCUUGGAAGGCUCUCGUUGUCUACUCAGAGAAGUGUGACAAUGAUGAAGUGCAGUACAUUCUGUGCAAUGUCGUGCAAGCCCUCCACUUGACGCAGGGCAUUCAAGUCAGCUACUCGGAUGACAGCGAGCUGAGCCAUGGAUGUGUAGUCAGCAAGUUGGAGGAGAAAGUCAAGCAAGCCGAUGCAGUGCUCAUAGUUUGCAACGAGGCGUUUAAGAAAGAUUGGAACGAACAAAAGACAGCGCGUAUCAAUGCUCUGAGAUUUCUCAUCAUGUCCAAGGUUGGUAGCGGGACGAUUGACUCAAACAAGUUUGCAGUGGUUGUACUAGACAAUGAAAGUGAUUGUAUUCCAUCAGAUUUUCUCACUAAUAUGUCGAAAUUCAACAUUGGACAGGAGGGUCCGGACCAAACCGAGCGAAUGAUACACUUUGUGACCAACACUCCACUGUAUGAGCUGGCCCCAGUCUGCACCUCUCCUCAGUCAAACAUCACUAUGGAUUUGUGCAGUACAUCCAAAGAACAGUACGCCAUGAUUGAUUCCCCCCAGCCGAGCAGCACUGAGACUGUCUCCACAGCCCUCUCCACUAGCUGUGAUUCACUGGGGGAGGACAGUUCUAGUUCUUCAAUGGCCUCCCUGCCAGCUUGACUCUUUGUGUUCCCACAUGUUGAUUUUUGGUUGUCUGGCUAUGUAGGUACAGAACUUUCCCCAUUACAUCCCUGGCAACUAUCAGGUUUUUGGGCACCUUUUUUUUACCACUGAGCAUUUGUUUUAGAUACCUGUACAUCUUGUUAUCAUUGUACCCUCCCUCAUGUGUACAUGUGCUUAGCUGAUCGUUAUUGUUUGUGGAAAGUGUGUGGUCAUUUUGUUGUUGUUGAAAAUCAAUAUUAUAGUAACCUGUCAAA